AUGGGGGUUAUAUCAAGACGAGUUGUCCCCGCCUGUGGUAGCCUGUGUUUCUUCUGUCCUUCGUUGAGGGCAAGGUCAAGACAGCCCGUUAAACGAUACAAGAAGUUGCUUGCCGAUAUCUUCCCGCGUAAUCAGGAGGCUGAACCAAAUGAUAGGAAAAUUGGGAAGCUUUGUGAGUAUGUUUCAAAGAACCCAUUACGAAUCCCCAAGAUUACUGAUACCCUGGAGCAAAGAUUUUACAAGGAGUUGCGGCAUGAGAACUUUGGAUCUGUAAAGGUUGUGGUGUGCAUUUAUAGAAAAUUUCUAUCGUCAUGUAAGGAGCAGAUGCCUCUAUUUGCUAGUAGUUUGUUGAGCAUUGUUCGGACUCUUUUGGAGCAAACUGGGAAUGAUGAUUUGCGGCUUCUGGCUUGCGAUAUUCUUGUUGAUUUUAUAAGUUGCCAGGUGGAUAGCACAUAUAUGUUCAACUUAGAAGGCCUCAUUCCUAAGCUCUGUCAAUUAGCACAAGAAGCUGGAAAUGGCGAAAGAACUCUACGUUUGCGUUCAGCAGGGCUGCAAGCGCUGGGCUCCAUGGUGUGUUUCAUGGGUGAGCAAGCGCACAUCUCGAUGGACUUUGACAGUAUUAUAUCAGUCACUCUGGAGAACUACAUUGAUUUCCAAAUGAAUCCAGAUACAAUGGAAGAUCAAUGGGUUCAAGGAGUUCUUAAAGCAGAAGAUGAUGUCUCGUCUUUCCCAGACAUCAGUAAGAAGGUUUCCUUAUCAGACCUUACAAUGAAGCCUGAAUCAGACCUUGCAAUGGAUACUUCCAAGAGUCCAUCUCACUGGUCUAGGGUAUGUUUAUGUAACAUGGCUAGACUAGCGAAUGGAGCUACAACAAUACGGCGUGUCCUUGAACCUCUGUUCCAAAACUUUGAUGCUAACAAGCACUGGUCCCUAGAAAAAGGAGUUGCCUACCCUGUUUUGAUGUUUUUGCAGUCAUUUCUGGAGGAAUCAGGAGAAAACUCGCACUUGCUAUUAUCCAUCCUGGUCAAGCACUUGGAUCAUAAGAGUGUUGCCAAACAACCUCUUUUACAGGUAGACAUUAUUAAUGUCACUGCACGACUUGGACAAAGUGCAAAGCAGGAAGCGACAGUUGCUAUCAUUGGUGCUAUAUCUGACUUGAUGAAACAUUUACGAAAGUGCCUGCAAAAUUCACCUGAAUCAUCCAGCCCUAACGGUGGCAGUGAUGAAUGGAAUGUCGGUCUUCAGGUUGCCUUAGAAAAAUGUAUCUCACAGCUCUCAAAUAAGGUGGGGGAUGCGGGACCCAUACUUGAUAAGAUAGCUGUUUUCUUAGAGAAUAUUCCAGCUGCUACUGCUGUAGCUAGAACGACUCUCUCUGCUGUUCACCGAACUGCACAGAUUAUCUCUUCCAUCCCUAACAUAUCAUAUAACAGAAAGGCUUUUCCUGAUGCUCUGUUCCACCAAUUGCUUGUAGCAAUGGCCCACCCAGACCAUGAGACUAGAGUUGGAGCACACAGUGUCUUCUCUAUCUUGCUUAUGCCAUCCUUGCUUUCUCCUUGGUCAGACCAGAAUAAGAAAACCUCUGAAGAUAUUUCUGGAUUUUUUGGUGCAUCAGCAUCACAAAAGAGGAUUAAAAGUUUCGCCUUUCAGGAUGAAAGUAAAGAUAAUGUUGAUGCCAUGGAUGGAAAAUCAUGGGAUGAAGGCAAUCCAAUAUCAGACGUGGGUGCAAAACAUGAUUCUCACGAUCAUUCAAACAGCUUCAAGCAUGCUAUCCCAGUUGGAAAAAUGCAAACUUCCCUUCGACUGAGUAGCCAUCAAGUCAGUCUUCUGCUUUCAUCAAUAUGGGUUCAGGCAACUUCUGCAGAGAAUAUGCCUGCAAAUUUUGAGGCCAUGGGCCAUACUUAUAACAUUGCUUUGCUUUUUACACGAUCUAAGACCUCAAGUCACAUGGCUCUAGUUCGGUGUUUUCAGCUGGCAUUCUCUCUUAGGAGCAUCUCUCUGGAUCAAGAAGGUCUGCAGCCAUCUCGCAGAAGGUCUCUCUUCACCUUGGCAUCAUUUAUGCUUAUUUUUGCAGCAAGGGCUGGAAAUCUCCCAGAGCUAAUUCCUUUUGUUAAAGCCUCUCUGACAGAAAAAACAGCUGACCCUUAUCUUGAAUUAGUUGAAGAUAUCAGGCUGCAAGCUAUUUAUGUAGAAUCUGAUGAAGGGAAAAUAGCAUAUGGAUCAGAGGAGGACGAUGUUGCUGCUUUAAAAUGCCUCUCACAAGUAGAAGUAGAUGAUAGUAAUUUGAAGGAAACCCUGAUAUCCCAAUUCAUAACAAAAUUUGUCCAAUUACCAGAGGAUGAGUUGUCAGGCAUAAAACAGCAACUUCUACAGGAGUUUUCACCUGAUGAUGCAUAUCCAUUAGGAGCUCCCCUGUUUAUGGAUACACCUAGGCCAUGUUCCCCUCUUGCCCGAAUGGAGUUUCAGGCAUUUGAAGAGAUCAUGCCUGCAGCUGCCUUGACGGAUGAUGAAACCUUCAUGGAACUUAAUGGAAGCCAGUCAGGUCGCAAAACAUCAAUAUCUGUCCAUACACUUGACAUUUUAAGCGUCAAUGAACUUCUGGAUUCAGUCUUGGAAACUGCACGACAAGUUGCAAACUCCCAAGUUUCCUCUACACCUGUACCUUAUGACCAAAUGAAGAGUCAGUGUGAAGCUCUUGUAACUGGUAAACAGCAGAAAAUGUCAAUACUGCAUAGUUUUAAGCAUCAACCAGAAGCCAAGGUUUUCCCCAGUGCAGACGAAAAGAAAGACACCUCAGUACACGAUGUGAAACUGGAGUUGCUGCAGUGCGAUCUAAAAUUAGAUACGAAGGAUCAAAUCAGAGCACCUGAUCAACUCGCCCUCUGUUCACUUGAGUAUGGUCAAAAUUCUUUCAGAUUACCGCCAUCAAGCCCUUAUGACAAAUUUUUGAAAGCGGCUGGAUAUGGUUUACAUCUCCCUCGUACCAAUGUUGAGAAGCGAGAAGCGGUGCUGGAAAGAUCAUCAGAAUUGGGAACUGAAAAUAGUGAUACUCUAUGUGUGGGAGAGUUUAAUAAACGGUGUUUGGUUAGAUUUUUUGUUUCUUUGCACAUGUAUACAAAACGUUCUGGUCAAGGAGAUGGCCCAGUUCCAAGGCCAGUACGAACUAGUGAUAGGCUUAGGAGAAGGCCAAAAGUGUUUAGCCGGACGUACUUGUAUUACACGCCAAACAUUAUGCGGCCUAGGAAAGGAAAAACGAAGACGAGGACUGCAGCUUCUCGGAUUGCCAAGAUGUUGGGUAACAGGGCAGUGCGGGCUGCAAAUGCCAAUUCAGUUCCAACCAAUCUUCGACGCUCAACAAGAAAGAGGAGGCUUUCUGCUCAUCUGGAAGAUUACACCGAUAGUUCUGGAUCAGAGGAUGAAGACUUGAUGAGACCUGCAUUUCGACCAUUGAGGAAUCGGAUUCAUGGUGCAAGUCAAGAUGAGCUGUCAUCUUCCAAGCGUAAAAAAAUUGUGGAGACUAAAUCAAUGCCUCGACGUGAAGGACUGCGGCCCCGUCGUUCAAGAACAAUCACAACAGAGCCAUUGGCUUUAGACUCUGGGGAUGAGCAAGAUACUUCUGAGGAGAAGGCUGUCCAAGAUGAGACUGAAAAUGGGAAUGAUAUUGAUGAUAAUGAUGCAGAUGAUGGUCAGAAUGAUGAUGAGGCUGAGGAUGAGAUUGAUGGAGAGGGUGACGGUGAGGAUGAAGAUGAAGGAGAGGAAGAUGGUGAUGACGAUGAAGGUGAGGAGGAGGAAGAAGAACAGGAUGGGAGGAGGAGAUAUGAUCUCCGAAACCGUGCAGAAGUUCGUAGGCUCUCUAUGGAGGAAGGGGGAUCAAGGGUUCUCAAGCGUCAUCGUCUAUCAAGAGCAGAGGAUUCUGAUGAUUCCCUUCUUGUGGAUGAGCUGGACCAAGGUCCUGCUAUUCCUUGGGCUCGAGGUGGGAGCAGAUCUGGACCACCUUGGCUCUUUGGGGGACUAGAGAUGCAUGGGACAACAGCAUGGGGACUGAAUGUUGCUGCAUCUGGUUGGGGCCAUCAAGGUGACGCUUUAGCAAGCUUGACGUCUGGUGCACAAACUGCUGGCCCUAGCUCAAAGGGAGGGGCAGAUAUCCAACCUUUACAGGUUGAUGAGAGUGUAACUUUUGAUGACAUAGGUGGGCUUUCAGGAUAUAUUGAUUCUCUGAAGGAGAUGGUGUUCUUUCCCUUGUUAUAUCCAGAUUUCUUUGCCAGUUAUCACAUUACCCCACCAAGAGGUGUUUUGUUAUGUGGUCCUCCUGGUACUGGAAAAACAUUAAUUGCCAGGGCAUUAGCUUGUGCUGCUUCAAAAGCUGGCCAGAAGGUUAGUUUUUACAUGCGCAAGGGUGCUGAUGUACUCAGCAAAUGGGUUGGUGAGGCUGAAAGGCAAUUGAAACUUCUUUUUGAAGAGGCACAAAGAAACCAGCCUUCCAUCAUCUUCUUUGAUGAAAUAGACGGACUUGCUCCUGUUAGAUCUAGCAAACAAGAGCAGAUUCACAAUUCUAUUGUUUCUACUUUACUCGCCUUGAUGGAUGGUCUGGAUUCUCGAGGACAAGUUGUUUUGAUUGGAGCAACCAACAGAGUUGAUGCCAUUGAUGGAGCCUUGCGUCGCCCUGGUCGGUUUGAUCGAGAAUUCAACUUUCCAUUGCCGGGUUGUGAGGCCCGUGCUGAAAUAUUAGACAUCCACACCCGCAAGUGGAAGCAUCCUCCUUCAAAGGAGCUAAAGUCAGAACUUGCUGCUAGUUGUGUUGGCUAUUGUGGUGCAGAUUUAAAGGCACUAUGCACUGAAGCUGCCAUCCGUGCUUUCCGUGAAAAAUACCCUCAAGUUUACACAAGUGAUGAUAAGUUUGUGAUUGAUGUUGAUUCAGUAAAGGUUGAAAAGUAUCAUUUUGUCGAUGCCAUGUCCACAAUUACCCCUGCAGCUCAUAGAGGCGCUGCUGUGCACUCCAGGCCAUUGUCUUUAGUAGUUGCACCAUGUCUGCAAAGUCAUCUCCAGCAAACCAUGAAUUGCCUAUCCGAUAUAUUUCCACCCCUUGCACUGUCAUCAGAGUUUAUCAAGCUUUCGAUGCUUUCCUAUGGAUCUGCAAUUCCUCUUGUGUAUAGGCCACGGCUUUUGCUUUGCGGUUGUGAAGGUUCUGGUCUGGAUCAUCUUGGGCCUGCAGUGUUACAUGAACUGGAGAAAUUUCCUGUUCAUUCUCUUGGGCUUCCGUCUCUGCUUUCGGAUCCUAGUGCAAAGACACCGGAGGAAGCUUUGGUGCACAUAUUUGGUGAAGCACGGAGAACCACGCCAUCCAUUCUUUACAUACCUCACUUCGACCUUUGGUGGGAUAAUGCACAUGAACAGCUCAGGGCUGUUCUUCUGACUUUGUUAGAAGAAUUGCCAUCUGACUCACCCAUUCUAUUACUUGGAAGCUCUUCAUCUCCACUUGCUGAGAUUGAUGGCGCAUCAUCAGUAUUUCCCGAUCGUUCAGUCUAUCAAGUAGGCAAACCAUCAACUCAAGACAGAUCUUUGUUCUUUGACCGUUUAAUUGAAGCUGCCUUAUCAGUUGUCUCAGAGGAUGUUGCCAAGAAAUCUCAAGGGUCAGCACCCCUUCCUGAACUUCCUAAGGCGCAAAAGGUGGAAAGUGGCCCAAAGGUAUCAGAGUUAAAAGCCAAGAUAGAAGCUGAGCAGCAUGCUCUACGCCGAAUGCGGAUGUGCCUCAGAGAUGUUUGCAACAGGAUGCUGUAUGACAAGCGAUUUAGUGCCUUCCAUUAUCCUGUCACUGAUGAGGAUGCUCCAAACUAUCGCUCUAUAAUACAGAACCCUAUGGAUGUGGCUACUAUGCUGCAGCGUGUUGACUCUGGUCAAUAUAUCACAUGCUCAGCAUUCCUGCAAGACAUUGAUCUCAUUGUGGCCAAUGCAAAGGUGUACAAUGGAGAUGAUUAUAAUGGUGCUAGGAUCGUCAGUAGAGGUUAUGAGCUUCGGGAUGCAGUGCAUGGAAUGUUGUCACAGAUGGACCCUGCGCUUAUCACAUACUGUGACAAGAUUGCUGCCCAAGGGGGUCCAGUGCAAGUACCAGAUGAUUUAGGGGGAUCUAUUUUUCCGUCAACCACAGUUGUGCAGCUGGGAACUGUUACUAGAACAAGUGCCCGGCUCCGUAACGUCCAGCCUGAUGUUAAUCUGGAUCAAAGCUACGAGGUCUUGAAAAGGCAGAAGAAAAAUGCUGAUGCAACUCAUGCUGCUUCAACAGCAGAAGAUAAAUCACGGCAUCAAGAUUCAGUACAGGCAAAUCCACCAGAGGAACUUGGGGCUGAUGAUAUGAAUCUUGACCGGCCGGAGUCUUCUUCAGCUGAUGACAACCGACAUGAAACUUCAGGAGGAGAAGCUUCUGGUCAUACCAAAGGGAGUGGAUCCCAAGAUGUUACAAUGUCAGAUGCCGAAAUAUCAGGCCAUGUGGAUUACAUCAAGCGGCUGUUCAUCGAGCGCACUGAAAAUUACGACAUUCCGCUGCUUGAAAGGCUCUACACUCGUAUAAUGAAGGGCAUCUUUGAAACCAAGGACAAAGGAGUCGAAGAUGGCCCCAAAUACUCAAUUUUGAGGUUUUUGGUGAAAUUUACAGAGGACUCUGCGAAUUUCUGA